GCCGUUUAACAGUCGAUUGCUUAGGAAUUACACGGGAUUCGGCUGGUUGCUAUUUGAUAGUAAUGAAGUAUUAUCGAGAAAACUUGUAUAGUCAUCUCAAAAAUGGUACUAAAUACCUUCACUGGAAGGAUAUAGUUAACAUGCUUCAUAAAAUUGCUAACGGUCUUAAACAAAUCCACGAUCACAAACUUUAUCAUGGCAAUCUCCAUGGUGGAAACUUAUUGAUCGAACACACAAUUGAAGGAAUUCAUGUAAGAAUUUCCGAUAUUGGAUUACACAGAAAUUCUUCUGCCCUAAAUACACUUGUCAGUUAUUUGGUUUUCUUUCCCUUUGUACAAAUACUCGAUGUAGCGACGAUGAACGGCAUAGAAGACUACGAGCAUUUACUUUGUAAAUCUCGUAAUCGUGUAAAUUCUUUAAAAGAUGUAAAUUUCGUAAAUAAUGUAAAUUUUGUAAUCGGCGAAAUUCUACAAGUUCAACGAAUUCGCCGUUAUUGUGAAUAA